AUUUAUAACAAUUGCAAUUGUAAUUAUUUAACAUGACUACAUACUGGAAAUCGCAGGAUCGUAAAUAUUGCGAAUUUUGCAAAUGCUGGUUUGCUGACAAUAAAGUUUCUGUAUCAUUCCAUGAAAAUGGUAAAAAGCACAAAGAAAGUGUUAAGAAGCAUAUUAAUCAACUGAGUAAAAGAAGUGCAAAGGAAUUUAAACAGAAGGAGAAAAUCGAAGAUGAUAUUAAAAAAAUGGAAGCGGCCGCGAUGACUGCGUAUUUGAAAGACAUACAGAAUAAUGCUGACCUAACUUCACAAAGCAUCAAUGAAAUGUUGGAAGUAAGUGGAAACAAUAGUAAAGAUAUUGUGGUAUCCAGUAACAUUAGCACAAAAGAAACGCCCUUAUGGAAAGAAGUUAAAAAUGAAGAGAAAGAUGGCACAUAUUUCUGGAAUACUCAGACGAAUGAGACAACCUGGGACCCUCCAGAUAAUUAUAUAUCAUUGGCACAGCAAGAAGAAAAGGAGAAGGAGACACAGAAGCGUGAGAAGAGAAUAAAAAAACAGAAGCAAAAAGAAGCUAUAAUGGAAGUUAAAGCUCAUAUGUCAAGAGAAAGCAUGAGAGAGUUAGCUGUUGAUAAAGACAAGCCUCCACCAUGUCGGACUGUACAUUUUGGACCAGCACCUAUCAGUAAACCUUAUGGGUCUUGGAAACCGAUUGUGAAAGAACCAGAGGUGAAAAUCGACUUGCAAUUACCAAAAUCGCAAAAGGAAAUUAUUCCGCCACCCGUUGUGAUGGAACCAGAGAUUAUACAAUUCAAAGAAAAGCGCAUAGAGUCACUGGGUGAGGGUCCAGUUGAAUUUAAGAAGAGAAAAUUAAAUAAGCGCAAUGCGAGACAAAAAUUAGACGACGAUUAAAACAAUAUAUGAUUUAAAUAA